AUGAAGUACAAUGAACGGACGCCAGCAGAGAAUUGGCUAGACACCCAAUUUUUACCAUAUGGUUCCCCUGAAGAACCACUGACAUCCAUGUUUUUUGGCCCCAAAUUUUUGGCUUACAAGCUCUACCAACUAUGCUCUCCUGAGGAUGUUGCAUUAGCAUCAUCAUUGGUGAGACCAAGCUCUCUGUUUCUAGAUGAUUUGUCAAAGACAAAGUAUUUCACGGAUGAAGGAUAUGGAUCGGUGAAAAGAGUUUAUGUUGUGUGCACCGAGGACAAAGGCAUACCAGAAGAAUUCCAACGAUGGCAAAUUGACAACAUUAGUGUGACAGAAGCAAAGGAGAUUAAAGGUGCUGAUCACACGGCAAUGCUAUGUAUGCCUAAACAACUUUGUGCCACUCUCUUGGAGAUUGCCCAUAAAUACAAUUAAUGUGUCCUUGUAGUCGAUCGUCUCAUGUCAACCACAUUGUCAACUCCUUACUCAUUUUGGUGUUACAUUAAUUGAUCUGAAUAAUUAGUUGUUGCUUUCAACUAUUGUGUUUUUAUGUAUUGAAGAGUG